AUGGAGUCGACUCUGAGCUCCAAGGUUACUGGUUCGUCGCGUAACCUCUCACCACGGCAUUCAUGUUCUGACUACAUCUCAGUCGAGUACCACGAUCCCUCUGGUAUAUUCCCCUUGAUCUCGCGUGACCUAGCAUCCAGAUUACCUUUGCGCAACCUGAACUGGAAAUCUCCCUCGAGACCUUUACGGUCCAUCGGCGCUCUCCAUGUCGAAUUCGUCCCCGAUGCCCAGACCGAAGCCUCGGAGAGCGACAAACUGCAGCGUGUCGACUCUUAUGGUUCUAGAGCUGGUGCUCCCUCUGUCGCCAAAGAACGAAGACAUCAAAUUCCUGGCUUGCGCCAAACCCCCUACCUCAGGAUAUAUCUGCUGCGAUGCGAUGACAAGGACACGUACAAGGCUUCAUCACGACAGCUCCUGCGUGACUGGCUCAGGGACACGGCUCCACCCUCGCAGAGUUCUUCCAACGUGAACAAAUCAGAGGACCACGAUGCUGCAGAAUGGCUCAUCUUACACGUUGUUAUUCCUGAUACCAUUGCCGCUUCCGAGCCCCGCUGGACCGCUGCAUCCAAGAAAGAGCCCGACGAGCUGGUUGAAAGGCCGUCGAGCACAACCAAAUGGCCGGGCAAGAGCACCAGGACUGUGCUGGACAAAAUACGCGCCGACUUUACCGCUUCUUCCAAAUCUGGUCCAGAGCGAAUCGCGCAAAUCAGAUUACAAAAGAAAGAUGUCCCACCACAGCUGCUACCUCAGACUCCUGUCACACAACCUUACAUUGAGAGUCCGCAGGAACAAGAAAAUGCCUGGCAGGACCUCAUCGCAAAGUUCAAGACCUUGAUACUCAUGUCUUUCGACUUGCGCGUGUCACAGUAUGAGGAUGACAUUCGUGAAAAAGACUCUCAGCGUGCACUCCCUGGCUGGAACUUUUGUACCUUCUUCACCCUCAAAGAAGGUCUGGCUCGGGGCUUCGAAAGUGUCGGUCUGGUCGAGGACGCUUUGGCAAUUUAUGACGAGCUUUCCGCAGGACUUGAUUCUGCGCUUCGUGAUAACGAGCCAGGAGCUGCUCAAGGUACCUUUCUGGGUAACCUUGAUGAUCAGAAGAACUCUAUACAAGAGAUCGUCGGCGCACAAUCCGGUGCUUCCAAGCUUGAGCAACUAAUUUCGCAGUUUCAAGAAAUGUUUGACCAGCCACUCGAUCUAACCAAAAAGGAUUAUCGUGGUGCAAUAGUCUCAAGCACUAUAUCCCUUUUUGACUUUCGUCUCUACAUAUUCGCGAGGCAAAGAACACUUUUGCUUCGUCUCGGCGCUGGAAGUGGCAACCUUCAACAGGCCAGACCUUCCAGUACCAGAGGUGGUCCCAAAGACGAUAACUUGACCUAUGCUGCUGAAGUCUGUAAGAGGGCAGCUCUUUUUGCUGCUACCAAUGCUCGUGCUCUUCGCAACGGACUCACCGAAGGGUCUGACAACAAUUCUCAUAUUCCAUCUCUUGUUGACAACAUCGCUUCUUCUUGGACGCAUGCUGUGCUCGAUCAGGUGCUCAGUGAGACUGCAUCAAAGGACUUUCCCUCUUCUGGUGAGAGAGCCUCAUUGCCAUCACAAAACCAAACACCAAGUGUCCUAUCUAAGAAAGAGGGCAAUUUCAACUUUCCUCAAGGAGCAAAUACUCAUCCAAAUCGGACAAGCUCUUUACAGCGCAGUGUGUCUUCUUCUUCACAACUUACACCGCAAACUAUUUAUGAGAAUGAACGAUAUGCCAAAUCUAGCCCUAGCUCCCAGCCAGAUACUGUCACCACAAGUGGAUCUGGUGUUGCGAUCCUCGCAUCUGGUCGGGCUCAACUCUUUCUGACGCAGCGGAGGAUUAUUGAAGCUCUGGCAAAGCAAAAAGGAUGGCAAUCUGGCUGGGCCGCAAUCAAAGCAGCGCAGUCCUUGGCCAAUGUUGAUCUUGACGGCACAGGAGACGCGGCGCCUGCUGUCGAUGGAGAUGCGCCGGAAGCUUCUCUACCAUCAGCAGAAACAGCAAAAUUGCUUCUUAGUGCUCCCUUGUCAGCAGCUAUUGCAUCUCUAGAAGAGUUUAGAGCUGCCUAUGAGCGAUUGAGCCAGCUUGCAGUAUCACACUUCACGAUAGCAAACCACACAAAAUCUGCAGAUUCGGUCAUCAGCGAUCUUGCCAUACUCAAAUAUCAACUUGGUGAUGUUGCCCAGGCAGCUACUUAUUUCCAACGAGCAUCCGCAACCUUCCUCAAGACCAGUUGGUCCUACGUUCACGGUGAGAUGUUGAGGAUUUACGCCAAAUGUCUGAAGGAUCUUCACCGGCGAGACGAGUACAUGAGGGUCAUGCUGAGCCUGCUCGGCAAGGUCAUCGGGCAUCGUAUGACAAAAGCAGUACCCAGGGUUCGUGGACCCUCCGCCUGGCUGGAUGAAGAUACUGUCGAUGUCACUGGUGUCCUUGAAGAGCUUGUGAAUUUCUCGGAAGAAAUGCCUUACAACUUUACCGCUUCGAUGUCUGACUUCUUCGCCAACAUCGAUGUUAGCCCAGAGGUUACGCAUCAUCCAGACAAGGAUGGGUUCAGUCUGAAUAUCCGUGUCAAGCAUCUGCUCGACGAGGAUCUCACCAUCGAUCGCGUCAGACUACGGCUAACACUGAUUAGUGACGCUAGUCAAGACGUCAUCCUACAGACUGAUGGCCCGGUACACCUCAAACGAGGCGUCGCGAAGAUCCAGGUCCACUCGAACGUCACAACGUAUGGACAUUACCUUGUCGACAAAUUGGUGCUGGAAUCCAGAAAACUGCAUUUUUCACACGAAUUCCAGCCGAAGCCACAGACUACACCACUGGGCAUCACCAAUGCUAGUGCAUCUGAGAGAAGACCUAGUGUUAGUGGCCCCUCACUACUGAUCUAUCCUCAUGGAGACUCCUUGGAAGCUCGAGUAACUCUGGCCAAAGAGAUUCACAUCGACAAAAUACGAUCAAUCGUCGUUGCAGUUGCAACAGGUCGCAACCAAGCUGAAAGUGUUGAUCUGCGUUUGAAGUCUGCCUCUGCUGGAUUGAGGUUACACACCGCAGAUGCCGAAAUUAUUGACAACGAUCACAAGCAACUUGACACAUCACAAGCUGGCACGCUCCGACUCGGUGCUGUGGAAUUACAGACACAUGUCAAGAUUCGUGUACCUUAUAGUACAGAGCGAAGCCUUGAUGAGCUUACUGUGAAGCUCGAAGCAACAUAUCAGACCAGCCAAGGGACGUUCGCAUACCUGCGUACUUCAGCAGUCUCGGCAGCACUGCCUCUGGACGUGGAUGUUAAUGACAUCUUCAAAUCUCAGGCUCUCUUUUCACGUUUCAGCAUCAGGACGACAAAUGGCAUACCCUUACAAAUUACGAAUGUGCAGGUACAGGAGUCACAGGCAUACGGAGUGCGAGCUUUGCCUUGCCCCUUGCCGAUGAUCGUAUUUGACAAACAGCCGGCUGGUCUGACCUACAAGAUCACGAGGAAGGAAGCAGAGCACGCAGAGUUGGACAAAAAGGAAGCUUCGUUGGCGCUAGCGGUGGAAUACAUACGCUCUGACGAGGCGAUUUUCGAGAAGCUCGGCGACAUGCUUGAGAAGGCAGUCGCGACCAGCCCUUUUGUGGCUUUGCGUCGCUUGCUCGUACCUACCCUUCUAAACAGAGCGAAAUCUCACGCACCACCUCAACAAUUGGAGCAGGCUGUACUGCUCAAAGAACUUCAAAUACCUUCAUACGAGUCGAUGGGCUGGGAGAGAAUUGUCGCCAGUCUGCCAUCUGACAAGUUCCAAAGUUUGGACGACUGGUUGCAGGAGUGGCAUUCGAACAAUCCGAAGCUACAUCUUGACGAGUCGACAGGUGCUGCCUUGACAAGAAAAAUCACGCUUUCCGUCGAAGUUCCAACUGUCGAUGUCUUGCACACAGUCACUGUUCACCUCGAUAGCAAAGACUCUUCCGAUGCGGUCAUCAUCGGCCGCCCGCUACCUGCCACUCUCACGAUCAAACACACGAGACGCUGGGCCAGUACAGCCCCAGCCUCAAAUGCGCCUCUCGCUUUCUCUUACACCAUCGAUACGCCUGUCGAUGGUCCAUGGCUCGUCGCUGGACCCAAGCGCUCGCGCUUCAAUUUCAAGGCCGAUGAGGAAGAAACAAAAGUCUCACUCGUCUUGGUACCUCUUCGACCAGGCAUGCACCUUUUGCCUUCGGUGGACAUACAACCAGUCUCCACGUCUGUCGAGAAAUCUGGCGUCGAAGGCAUGUCGAGAUUACUCAGUCCAGGACAGAACAAUGCGCCGACCGAGGACGAGACAGCACAGCCCCUGGUGAGCUGUGAGACCGACUAUCGCAACUCGGGCGAAACAGUUUUGGUCGUGAGAGAUGCCAGAACGACGACCGUGACGGUGAGGGACAGAGAUAUCAUGCCAGCACUUCAGAGGAUACCUACUGCCACCGAGUCGGUCAGGGCAAGUCGCAACCGCACUUUCCUAGUCCUCAUCGUCGUCACAAUCACCUCCUUCUUCGGCAAAAUGGCCUGGGACAAGCGCGACCCAAGCAAGUCUACCGGCAGCGGCAGCAGCGGCAGAAAGAAGAGAUCGGCAAACUCUGCAAGCAACAAGGACAGAAAGGUCGAUACUUAUGAUCCAGAGGUUGGCAGGGGUUCGUUCUUUGAUGAUUAGAUGGAUCUCCUUGUCAAGAACGGAUGCCUGAUGGUUGGAACGUCAG